CGAAUUGGUGCUACUGCGGCAGUGAAACAGCUGGCAGCUUCUGAGGUAAUAGGCGCAUAGAGGGCGGCACACAUAAAGGAGAUAAACACACAUGUUUAUGCAACACGCUUUUGCGUGCCGUUGUCUACGUGCCUAUCACCGCUGAAGAAGCAAACCCAUCACGCCUUGUUUUCAGUGCUUAGAUACCUGGCGGCAUUUCUUUCCGAGCACUUGGUGUGGGAACAGUCUACUUGCGAUGUCUGGACACGGGAUGGAAAAGAGUUCCAAUGAGAAGAUCGCCGGCAUGACACCUCGCAGGCCGUUCCAGAGGUUCGUCGAUGGCGUUCCGCGAUGCGCCUGGUUGGAUGCGGACAUUACCGUGAGAACUUGAAGUUCCGACCGGCAAAGGGCGAUUUAGUUCAAGGAACGUACCCUAAGAGCGGUACAUACUGGGUGCAGUACAUAAUGCAACUCAUCCUCAAGGAUGGCGAGCCGGUCACGACAUACAAUGAGUUCACGAGCCACACUCACGCCUUGGAAUAUAUGAGACACGGAGACUGGAAGUCCGCAUUGCCCAUAAGACUGUUCUUCACUCACUUGCCGUUUCGCAGGGACACAAUGCGCGAAGAAGUGAAGUACGUCUACGUGGCCCGAAAUCCUUGGGACGUAUGCGUUUCGUUCUACAAUAUGGUGACAGAUGUUAGCAUCUGGAACUUUAAAGAUGGUACUUUCGAGGAGUUUGUAGACGCAUUUCUGGAGACUGACCUAGGAUACGGAAGCUACUUUGACCACGUCGGUACUGGUUACGCCUUAAGGGACGAACCCAACGUUUUGUUCAUAACCUACGAAAGCAUCAAACGAGAUACUCGUGGAGCGGUUCUGCGGUUGUCACGGUUCUUGGGUGAUCGGUACUUCAAGGCUCUGCAGGAGAAUGAGGAACUCCUUGAGAAGAUUGUAGAGUUGAGUAAACCGGAGUACUCUCGAGAUGUGUUGGUAAUAGAUUUUCAGAACAACAAAUCAGAUGAGUGGAAAAAUAUAUUUCAAAGGAACAAACUGACCUGCCAUCGAGGGCACCAUGGCGACAAAACAAAGUUUCCAAUGGUGAGGACAGCCAAAAUUGGCGGCUGGAAAGAGUACUUUACACCGGACCUCCUCACCCGUAUGGAAGAGAAGAUUCGAGAGCAAGGGGACAAGGCUGCUUUUGUGGAGCUGUGGAAGGACAUCAGGGAAGAGACACUAUCGAUGUCCACUAUCGCUCCUUGAGAUGAGCCAAACGGCUGAAAGAGUGGUGCAGGUUAAUUUCGAAGAAACAACGUCAGAUUCUUCGGGGGUAAAUAAAUGGGAAAUACUUCCCA